CGGUCGGCGCACCGCUGCUCCCUCGCUGUGGAUGGAGCCGCACGCAGGGAGGAUGUUUUCUUCUUCUUUCUCUUUAAUGGGGGAAAUGCAGUGUGAUACUACACAGAAGUUUUUUCUUUUGCUUUCUGCUGACGUGCCCGUAAAAACCAACUGGGAUCAAGUUUUUUUUGAACAUCCUGGAGAUUUUACGAGGAAGGAAGGAGACCACCCGAGUCAGACCACGUCGCUAACCGCCUGCCAUGUGAAGUGGCAUUUUAUUGUCUCACUGAUCCACCGACACUUUGAUUUGAUUUAACUUGAUAUGAUUUGAUGAAGAUGGUGGAGAUGAGGAUGCGCGGUUGUUUUUAACAAACCCCGGUAGGGACAGUUGCAGUCUGCUGUCGGGCUCAUUGUGUGUGUGUGUGUGUGUGUGUGUUUGCUGGAAUCCAUAUCUGGCAUCCUCUCGCUCUUCCUGAUUUGUGGCGCAGAGAUGGAUGGGAAAAGAGGAGAACUGGCGCUGCAAGUUGUCGAGGAUUUUUGUGGUGUUGGUGGUGGUGUUCUUCGUCAUUUUUUUCGCAUCCAUCCCUAACAUGCAACACUGUUGGAUUGUAACUUUGUAACUGGGCUGCUUGAGGUGGGGAGGUGUGGGGUGAAAUCCACUCGAUGUACCAUUCAAAAAAAGAAAGAAAAAAACCCACAGAAAAUGGGCUGCAGCGAAGAAGAGGGAGGCAAGAGGGAACAGUGGUGAACUGAUGGAUGCCACUGCGAGACAACAAAGGAUACACGCUUUGUCACCUCCUGCAAUUUCAUCUUCCCCUGUAGGUAAAUGAGAAACUCAAAUAUAAAUCGGAUUUGACUUAGUUGUUAAUAGGAUUUAAUAUCAACCCCCCUCCUCCUUCCUCAGACACCCUCUCUGCUUCUCCUGCCUGGAGAAGAAAAGAGUCCCAGCGUUUUGUUGCAAACCCCCUCGGACAGCUCCUGCUGAUUUUAAAAAAAAAGCACAGAGAGGUCCCAUUUGAACACUGGGAUACUAACAAACAACCGGGCUGGAAAAAAAAAUGUGAGGCAUGAGAGGAGGAUGCUGCUGGACCCCUCAGACUUUAAUUAUGGUGCCUCACAGUUCGUGGCUCUCAGCCUCCAUUGAAUCCCGAAAGAAAACGCCUCUGUCCAUGAAAAAUAAUCCUUCCCCAUUGGCUGGAUUGCGGUGCACAUGCUAUAACAACAGGAUAUGCAAAGAGCUAUGGGCUGAUCUAACAGCCUAUCAUGUUUUUCGCACGCUUUUUUGACCGAGAUCUGUAGUUUAUUUAACAGGAUGUGAACUGUGCUGAUAAAUCAGAAGGUUCAAAUGUCGCAAUAAUAAUAAUAAUAAUAAUAAUAAUAAUAAUAAUAGUUUAUGAUGGACCUGUCACAGUCAAGUUGAAGGCUGUUUUGUUUCACAGAGCAGUUGUGUCUGUGUAGUAAAGCUGCUGAAGAAUGUUCAAGUAUCGGAUCCGGAUGUUUUUCAAUGAACUCAAAUUGUUGCUACUGAUGCGCUCUGGAUCAAGCGGGAGGACUGACACAGGCACAGACCCGGACACACAGACCAGGAUGCGAGGGCUCGCUAUAGGAGGCUGCGGUUGGCCGCCGCUCAACUGCUCUCACCGGGACGACGAGGAGGAAUAUUACGGCUCUGACCCCCGGCCGCGCAGCCUGGCGUUUGAGGAUAAAGAUGGGGCCAAACCCCAGGGAGGAGCGGGCCUGGACGCCGCUUCCCUCCCGAGUCUCUCAGAGAGCGGGAUGCGAUCACCGCAGUGCCGGAUCUGCUUCCAGGGGCCAGAGAAGGGGGAGUUGUUGAGCCCCUGUCGUUGUGAUGGCUCUGUGCGCUGCACUCACCAGUCCUGCCUUAUCCGCUGGAUCAGUGAGAGGGGCUCCUGGAGCUGUGAACUCUGCUACUUCAAGUACCAGGUCCUGGCCAUCAGCACCAAAAACCCACUGCAGUGGCAGGCCAUCUCUCUGACUGUGAUUGAGAAGGUGCAGAUUGCAGCCAUUAUCCUGGGCUCUCUGUUCCUCAUCGCCAGUAUCUCCUGGUUGGUGUGGUCUUCUCUCAGCCCUUCAGCCAAAUGGCAGCGGCAGGACCUUCUCUUUCAGAUAUGCUACGGCAUGUACGGCUUCAUGGACAUAGUUUGCAUAGGCCUUAUAAUCCAUGAAGGAUCGUCUGUUUACCGGAUCUUUAAGCGUUGGCAGGCUGUGAACCAACAGUGGAAAGUGCUGAAUUACGAGAAGGCAAAGGACUUAGGUGACCCCAUCAGUUCCAGCAAUAAAGGCGCCGCUCGUAUUGAGAGGAACUCUUCUCAAACGGUCACAAACAGUGGGCGGCGGGCAGGUCGGCAUGUCAGGACUAUCCUCCACCACCACUGUGGCUAUACUAUUUUGCACAUCCUCAGCCAGUUAAGACCCAAUAACCUGCACAGUGCCAACCAUGAGGUGGUCAUGAGGGUGACCACUGUAUGAGGCUGGGUUAUAUGCAGACAUGUGUGCUCCGAUGUUUAAGGAGGACAUAAAAGUGCUGAUUGGGAUUUAAUACAAAAAAAAUCCUGAUCUGCUACAUAAACACUGCCGUUGACUUUUAGUCUCAUAUUUUGUUCACAGAUUCUCCCUGAGCUCAACGUGGACAAUGAGAAAUAUUUCUGUAGUUUGAGCAAAGGGAGAACACUGCAGUUUUAUCUGAGUCUUUAAAGACAAAGACUGUGAAAACAUGGCAAAUAAGAAGAAAAAAACAAUUUUGAAAAAAGUGAAAGCUUUAAUUCUUAAAGCUCUUACUCAUUUUUUUUUUACCACCAUGACCAAUGUUACACAAUGUCAGUGAACAGUUUUUAUGUUUUUCUUUUGUUUGAUUUGGAUUUAACUCUAUCUAUAAGAGAGAAUUUGAUGAUGAAAAUCAUUGUGCUCCUUCUCAAGCAACCACCACAACAAUGGCCCCAGACCCCCUUAAUUUAUUCCAUGUAUUCUCGAGGGUCCACUAUGAUCUGAUAAAUUUAAUCUGUUGUCAACUGAAGCUGCACUGAUGGAUCAGACAUUAAAAAGCCUAAUAAAACCUUAACACCUGACACGAUUGCUUAAAAUAUACCCUCAAAGUACAUUUCAUGUUUUGUAAUAAAGACUUUGUUGAUCUCAAAGGAAAACUUGGUGUUUUGUUUUGUCAGAUUUUUAGGCCAAAAGAUGGAUCUUACAGAGUGUGGCAAGAAGACAAAUGAGACACUCCUGAUAUAUACCCUGGUAAAUUGGAUCUUUAUUAGAAUUACACUAAUCUCACAAUGCAAUUCAAAGACACCAGUGAAACUUUACAACAUUUAUAUUCACCCUCUUAUCUCACUUGGACAAAAAAGGCUGAUAUUUGUUUAAUAUGAGCACACACCAUGAUGCAUAUGUUCAGCAAUUAACAAUAGUAUUGGUUUCAGCUACACUUAGUGUAAACGUAGGACUUAUCUGUUUCAGCAUUGUUGUCAGGCCAUUGUAAGUAAAAUCACAUAUCCUGGGUUUAAAUAUACCAAAGACCUUUGUCACAUGUCAUUCCUCACUCUCUCCCUUUACUGUCCACAAUCAAAUAAAGCAAUAUUUCAAAAUAUGAAAGUCAGAUUUCUUCUCAUUCUGAAAAAGUCUUGUAACUAAAACUGAGGCAUAAAGAACCAGUUGUUCAAUAUACAGCAGGCAGUCAUCUGUGCAUCUAUACAUACACCAGGAGAUAACUGCUGACAG